AGUCCAAUCCCAAUCAGUCUGAGAGCAGUUCGCCAGACGGUUAGACCGUAAAACUGUCCUCGUCGUGUCGUUGGCGUUAUCGGUUCGGUACCCAAUCAUCAUCUCGGAUGAGUUUUUUUUUUCUUGCGGGUGCACCGACGAUAUCCGGACUCUUGACUCUCUGCGCUUAAUUCAGCUGUAUUCGAUGAACUUGUGCAACCGGGCAGCAAAAAUGUCAGAAAUCAGCCAUCCACGGACGGAUCUGAAAGUGUGAAUUCGCAGGAACCAUCUUUGCUUCGCUGAAUUUCGGGUGAACACUUUCGUUGUAUCGGUCGAUCGAAGUAUGCGAACUGGUUAGUUGCUCUGUCGCUACGAUCUCUACGCGGUGAACGCUAUUCUUUAAUAAUCCAGUGAUUCGCAGUUUACUUGGAUGAAUUUCAUUGUGAUGCCGCAAAGCUUAUUCUGAUGAAAUGACGAUGGUGCAAAACCAGAUGUAGUAGGCUGCAGCUGCUUUCCAAUGGAAAGAACAAGUGCACAGAUCCGUGAUUUUGCAACGCACUCUUCGAUAAACGGCCUCUCAUGGAUAUCGCUAGAUCGUCCUUGAGUUAACUCAUGCACGGAAAUCUAGUCUUGUUUGAUCGUUCCCAGGUGAUAUGUUUCCCGUAGUUCGGAAGAGCGAUUUGGUUGGAAAAUAUUUGUCUAUGGGUUAAAAAUAGAAAAACAAAAAUCUGUGUAUGUAAAGUGUGCUCAAAGUGGUCAUAUCAACCCAUUUGCAUAGGUGCUCGCCGUGGAAAAAUUCAGAUUGCGGCGAAUAAGUGGAAAAUUUCACAACCGUAGACGGUACCGAAAAAAUCUGAAAUCUUCAUAGAAAUCGAUCACCGUCUAGGGUUCUCUGGGGCGUCUGGUUUUUCCUUUCGGUGUGUGAAUGUAGUGAAAACCUGGUGAGAGAAUCUCAUCCCGCUAGGACCUACGCGUGUAUAAGUGGGGUGGAAAUUGUGAAGAAGAGUGUUCGGGAAAAUGCUUCAACGAGAGUGAGAGUGGUGAGCAUUGUGAUCCUUGGUGUGCCCCGGAGAAAGAGCGAAAGUUACGAAACAUAAACACGGCCGCCACACAACACAAGGAAACAAGUUUGACAUAAAUAUAAACAUAAACAUUUCACGGGGGGUGGCGGCUUGAGUGCACGUGUACUUAACUGAACAGAACCAGCCAACGGGCGGUUUGUUGGUGUAGGAUUCUCGUCAUCGUCGGCGAAAUAGGAAGAGUUGCCCUCAUCAAGCGAGCUGCUGGAAUUGAGCCGCAAAAGCAUCAUCAUCAUCUAGGUAUCUACCGACAUACAUUCGGUAAUUAUACAUAGUGUCAUCGGUGCAGCAACCAGGCUGAUCCAAUUCUACCACAACGCAAAAAAAAAAAACAAAAUGAACUGACCGCACCCUACUCCGGCUAGGUCCCAUCAGACCUACGUAGCAUAGCAACAUUUUGUACUACUCGGGCGCGGUAAACCUGAACCAUCUUCACCCUCCGAUGGCCACCGAGUUCAGUGGCCAGAUAACCCGAAGCGACGGUGCCAUAGAGAUUUCUCAAGGCAAGGCAGCUUUAUCGACGGCCGGACAUCACCACGAACUAACCGAACUGUCGGUGGUGGACAUCAACGCAUCGCUGGCCGCAUCGGUGCCAAUGAUUUCGUCGGCCAUCUCCAGUGCUUCGGCACCGACGACGGUCCAGAAUGUGUCCACGGUGACCACGAGUGGGAAUGUGUGCCCUGGAACCGGUGGCGGAACGUUCUCCAAUCUGUUCAACUUGUCUAACAGUGCGGAUCUGACGGCGGUGGCGUACAAUUCCUAUACGCAGAAUGUGCGCUGCAAGUCACCGCCGACGUUGGUCGAUAAUCUCAAGAAUGGAACUAUUGGGAACUCUCAAAAUGCUCUCUGCAAUGGCUCCAUCAUGACAAAUGGACAAACCAAGGACUCGAAUCUGCGGAAAGUCCUUAAUAACAGCGAAAACGGUCAAAAAAAGGGCAUGGCCUCGCUAACACAUCUACCAAAGAGGCCACCCAUCGACAUCGAGUUUAACGAGUUGGCUUACUCGGUGUCCGAAGGUCACAAACGGAGCUACAAAACCAUCCUUAAGGGCAUCAAUGGCAAGUUCCGUUCCGGCGAGCUUACCGCCAUCAUGGGUCCGUCCGGGGCCGGCAAGAGCACCCUCAUGAACAUCCUCGCCGGCUACAAAACCUCCAAUCUGAUAGGGUCUGUCCUAAUCAACGGCAAGGAACGAAACCUGCGAAAAUUCCGCAAGCUGUCCUGUUACAUCAUGCAAGACGACCGGUUACUACCCUACCUAACAGUGCGCGAAGCCAUGAUGGUAUCGGCCAACCUUAAACUGGGCAAGGACAUAUCCCUGGACCUGAAGAAGGAAAUUGUCGAGGAAAUCAUCGAAUCCUUGGGACUGUUGGACGCGGCCAGUACUCUGGCACUAAACCUGUCCGGAGGCCAACGCAAGCGACUGUCAAUCGCCUUAGAAUUAGUGAACAACCCACCCGUCAUGUUUUUCGACGAGCCGACCAGCGGCCUGGACAGUGCCACCUGUUCGCAGUUGAUCCACCUGCUCAAAUCGCUAGCCCGAGGCGGGCGCACCAUAGUCUGCACCAUCCACCAACCUUCGGCGAGGAUAUUCGAAAUGUUCGACAAUUUGUACGUGCUCGCCGAGGGACAGUGCAUCUAUCAGGGCAGGGUCAAUGGGCUGGUGCAGUUUCUGGCGUCAAUUGGACUGGAAUGUCCCAGCUAUCACAAUCCCGCCAAUUACGUGAUGGAAGUGGCCUGCGGAGAGCACGGAGACUGGAACAGCAAACUGGUGACGGCGGUCAGCAACGGCAAGUGCAACAACUACAAUCAACCGGUAUUAGCUCCCAAUCAAUCGCAGAUAAAUCUACCACUAGCGAGUGAUCAACAGACGGAGAAGAUCGUGACGGCCCUGUCGCUGGGAGCUGGCGAAGAUGACCUGGUCAAACCCUCAGCCGUCGAGUUCACCACCAUCAAUAUCGAACCGCUGAACAAUGAGAGCAAGUUUUCAUCCUCUGCGGUUGUUAGCAGUAGUAAAACGGUUGAAGAAUCGGUCAGUGGCACCAGUACGGGGAAAGGGACCUCCGAGGGCGGAGGAACUAUCUCAACUACCGGGGGACCUACGACCGCUUCGUCCAAACCAACCUGCACCACGUCGCUGCUGGAUUCGACCGAAAGCGUGAGCAUCGAGGUGCCGAAGAAGAUGGCCGGCUUCCCCACGUCCGGCUGGAUGCAGUUCUGGAUCCUGUUGAAGCGAACGUUCAUCACAAUCAUGCGGGAUCAAACGCUGACGCAGAUGCGACUGGUGUCACACGUGGUCGUUGGGGCGAUUAUUGGAAUGAUCUACUACGACAUUGGCAACGAUGCGGCCAAAAUUAUGAGCAAUGCCGGGUGCAUUUUCUUCACCACGAUGUUCACCAUGUUCACCGCAAUGAUGCCGACCAUUCUGACGUUUCCGACGGAAAUGGCCGUAUUUGUGAGGGAACAUCUCAACUACUGGUACUCAUUGAAAUCUUUCUACUUUGCGAAAACGGUAGCCGAUCUUCCAUUUCAAGUUCUCUUCACCAGCGUGUACGUCAUCGUCGUGUACUACCUAACGUCCCAACCGAUGGAACCGAAGAGGGCCGGAAUGUUCGUGCUAAUCUGCAUCCUGACGUCGUUGGUUGCGCAAAGCCUGGGGCUGUUGAUCGGCGCCGGGAUGAGCGUGGAGACUGGCGUCUUCCUCGGUCCGGUGUCCACCAUUCCGAUCAUCCUGUUCUCCGGCUUCUUCGUCAACUUCGACGUCAUUCCCAAGUAUCUGCAGUGGUUGACCUACGUCAGUUACGUGCGGUACGGCUUUGAGGGGGCGAUGGUCUCCGUCUACGGCAUGGGCCGAGAGAAAUUGAGCUGCACGGAGAUCUACUGCCACUACCGGAGUCCACAGAAGUUCCUGGAGGAGAUGUCUAUGGACAAGGCCGAGUACUGGAUCGAUGCGACGGCGCUGUUUUGCCUGUUCAUCGGUCUGCGCGUCGUUGCCUAUCUGGUGCUGCGCUGGAAACUGCAUUCCAUCCGUUAAAAAGUAGAAUACGAACCCGAUUAGGACAUUUUGUAUUUUUUGUACUUUAUUUUCGGUAGAAUAGUAUGUAAAACUCUUAAUUACUAUUGUAUUUUCUGGAAAUUUUUCUUCGGUCAUUGCAUCAGAACAGAAAAAUCGAAAUUUUCUCCCUCUAUUUCUGUUUUUGGAAUGGGAAAUGUCUUAUUUCGUGUCGCGCUUUUGGGAUGACCGACUGGACCUAACUUCAAACGUAACCAAAAACAAACAUUUUUGAUCUUAUAGAAUAAUGUAAUCGAUAUAUAUAAUCAUGCUCUAGCCAAUAUUAUACAAUGUUCGCUUCGUAAAACAUAAAAUUGCUGCCACCAAGUCAAACUUGUUGAGGAAAGUGGUCAUCCCGGAAGCGCGUAGAUCACGCUUGAAACCACCAAUUUGAGAUUUUUAACUGAAUCACACACUUGCAAAUACUCUCAAUACCAAUCACAUUCAACACCGUGACACACAAACACAUCCACACUCAGAAACACAAACCUUCCUCAGAAAGACACAUGCUAGCAGAAUAACAAACAUUUAUGUAGUCUCAAAAAUGUAUUCAUCCUUAUAUAGCUAUUAGGGUAAACCAAAUGAAGAAGAAUACUGCGAUGCUGAAAUUAGCGCUGCAGUGCACCGUACUCGAAAUGCGAUCGAUAUUAUUGAAGAAAACAAGAGAAAACGCUCUGUUAAGAGAAUAAAAUGAAAAAUCCAACCACAAUAAAAAACCAAAUGCAUUUUCAAUUUAAGUUUUCGCAUGAAACGCAAAAGCGGAACCACAGGAAAAAAACGGAGAAAUGAGAUCAAACAUUAGGAAUGAAGUAUCGAAUGGCUGCUUCAAAGCAUGAAGAGGAACAGCUAAACGUUGAUGAAAAGGAAAACACUAACUCAUAGUAUAUUCUACUAUGUCCAACAUAUUUAUGUUUCGUAGCAACUACAUAUUGGGUGAACGAAUAUGUUUAUAAAAAUCCGUUGUUUUGUAUGUCUUUUUUUGUCCUGAAAUUUUCUUCACUAGUGAUAGAUGGUGGUACUAAUAGGUUAGUCAUUUAGUUGCUUUACUUCGAACGAACCAACAAGGGAACCGCUUUCAGUAUAGAAUUUAUGCGAAACAAGGGCUCAUCUUACCUCUUUACUUUGCCAGCGAAGCAAACUGAAACUGAAGCCCAACAAUCUGUGACCGACAUGGAAAGCAUUUUUGUAGAAUGUGAGUGAAUUGAAUCGCUUAUUUUUCCUAUUGUCUAUUUCUCUUUUUCACGUACACACCCACUUACAAUACUAAAACACCUACAAACGAAUAUUUAAUGGUUUGGAUUGUAUUUUUCUGAUUAUUAUCAAGUAAAACGUUUGCAAAUAAGAUGGAUACAUAACUGGUGUACGGUAGGGGAACAUGAAAUGGUGGAAAGCAUUAAAGAAAAUACAAGAGAGUGCGAAUCUGAUGGAUGGAAUAGCUGUGCUUAGCGACAGGAUCCAAGCAGCUGACGUUGAAAUGCGAAUAAAACACAUACAAUUUUUGGUGAUUUUUAGCUGCGAAUUAGUGUGAUAUGAAACUUGAUUUCACCAAUUUUUAACAUAAGUAUGAAAAAA